AUGUCAAAACAAUUGACUUCACAAAUACCUGCCAAGUCAAUCGCUGUGAAGAAUUGGACACACCUAGAAGGACUCAACCUGGCCGAUCCAACGUACAAUACACCAGGGUCUAUAGAUUUGCUUCUAGGUGUCAGAGAAUAUGCACAAAUUGUUCAGCAAGAUAUAAUCAAAGGUCCUCCAGGCACACCUUGCGCUCAGAAAACCAGCCUAGGUUGGAUCUUAUUUGGAGAAAUAGACACAAACUCAAGCAAAGACUCAAUUCUCGUAAUGCAUCACCAAGUAGAUGUAGAAGAAAUGCUGAAGACAAUUUGGGAAAUAGAUACAGAUCGUAAAAGAAAACAUACACGCGAAGAACAACUAUGUGAAGAUUUAUACAACAACUCAUACACAAGAAACGAAGAAGGAAGAUACGUUGUGAAACUGCCCUUUAAAACGAAACAUAUAAAGUCAACAGAAGGAAAUACAAGAGAAGUAGCUAUGAAUAGACUAUUGCAACAAGAGAAAAUGUUUAGAAGAUUACCAGAAAGACAUAAAGAGUAUGUGAAAGUUAUAGAUGAAUACAAAACAAUGAAACAUAUAGAAAAAGUACCUCUGAAUGAAAUAGAAACAAAGAAAUCUGUUUAUGCACCUCAUUUUGCCGUCAUUCGUGAAGGAAAAGAAUCGACAAGCGUGCGAGUCGUCUAUGAUUUUUCUGCUAAAGGUUCUAACGGAGUAUCGUUAAAUGAUGAAUUGUUAUUGGGUCCUACGUUACAAGAUGAUCUCAGAAGCCUGAUUAUCAGAUGGAGGAUGCACAAAGUGUGUUUUGUGUCUGACAUCGAGAAGAUGUAUAGGAUGAUACUGAUAGCCAAAGAAGACGCUGAUUUUCAAAGAAUCUUGUGGAGAGCAUGCCCAACAGAUCCAAUCGAAGACUUGAGAUUACUUACAGUGACCUUCGGCACGGCAUCAGCCCCUUACCUGGCGAUAAAGACGCUCCUUCAACUCGCCACUGAUGAAGGCAUAGAUUUCCCACUAGCUGCUAAUGUUGUUCGUGAGGAUUUUUAUGUUGACGACCUACUAUCAGGGUGUGAUGAUAUCGAAACUGCUGUCAAGAUUAGCAAAGAACUGCAAGAGUUACUCAGCCGUGGUGGAUUUAAACUCAAGAAAUGGGCCUCAAACAAUGCAGAUUUUAUGAGAUCAAUCGAACCAAGUGAAAGAUCAGCAUCUGUUCAUCUUGACAUGAAUGUCGGUGGAACCACAAAAGCAUUGAGCGUUGUCUGGGAUAUCGGAAGCGAUCGAUUUCAAUACAAUUUGAAUUUUCCAACAAUGUCUGAAACAAUCACAAAACGAACUAUCCUGUCAGACAUACAGAAACUUUACGACCCAUUAGGAUGGAUCGCACCAGCCAUUGUCUCGGCAAAAAUGUUAAUCCAAAAGCUCUGGCAAGAAAAAGUCAAUUGGGAUGAAGAUUUGAACGAAAUACUGAAACAACAAUGGCUAGCUAUUCGCACAGAUCUGGAAAAUGUAAAUGAAAUACAAAUGGAUAGAUGGUUAGACACCUUAACAUCUGAAAAAGACGCUAUUCAGAUCCAUGGCUUCAGCGACGCUUCCAUGAAUGCCUAUGCUGCCGUCGUCUACUGUCGAGUGAAGAAACCUGAUGGAUCUAUAAAAAUCAAACUGAUUGCCGCACGAACAAGAAUUGCCCCACUGAAGACAGUAUCAUUGCCGCGUCUGGAGCUCUGUGGAGCCGUUCUGCUCUCUGAGUUGCUGAAACAAGUCUCACAAGCCAUGAGAAUCCCUAGUUCACAAGUUUUCGCAUGGACAGAUUCCUCCAUCGUGUUAUCAUGGCUGCUUGGAGAUGUGAGUAGAUGGAAGCUCUUUGUGGCAAACCGUGUCGUCGAAAUCCUGGAAAACGUGAAUGGCAAUCAGUGGUAUCACGUUAUGUCAAAGGACAAUCCAGCAGACAUUGCGUCGAGAGGUAUGCUACUGAAAGAUUUAAAAGAUUGUCAGCUCUGGUGGGAAGGGCCUGAAUGGCUUUCGAGUGACAAUAUAGAAUACAGAAGACCUAACUACGUUGCUACAGACAUUGAAAGGAAGAAAGUUAUACAAGCUAACUUGAAAAUCGACGAUACCGAGAAUAAUUCACUUCUCAAUCAAAUAGAAGAAUUCGAUGAUCUUAGCGAGCUUACAAGAUGUAUUGCUUGGUGUAGAAGAUUCCUGAAACAAAAAGAAUACAAAGAUGAAAUAAACAACACAUUAACAACAGAAGAAUUAGAAAAAUCGUUACUUACAUGUAUCAAGUUGAUCCAAGAGAGAGAAUUUUCUGAAGAAAUAGAUUCAAUUAAAGAGAAGAAAGAAGUAAAAUCAAGAAGCUGCUUAAAAUCUUUGAAUCCUUAUUUGGACGACCAUGGUAUUCUCAGGGUGGGCGGCAGAUUAAGGCACGCCAAUUUAGACGAAGACACCAAACAUCCUAUUAUACUCAGCAAUAACAACAAAUUAACAUCAUUGGUGAUUGCAGACGCUCACUUCAGAACCAUGCAUGGAGGAGUACAACUGAUGCUCUGUUAUUUGAGGUCCAAGUAUUGGAUUAUUAGAGCUAAAGGACUGGUCAAGAAAUACAUACACAAAUGUUUGAUAUGUGCAAAACAAAGCGCUGCAGCUCGAACACAACUUAUGGGGGACCUGCCAAAGCAACGUGUCACUCCAUCAAGGCCGUUUUCACAUAGUGGAGUAGACUUCGCUGGUCCUCUUCAG